UUGAAAUUCAUGACCGGAAGCUCCAUGUUGUUGUGUAUUCUGUCCUGAUGCUGGUGAAUAAUAAGAGCAGCUGAAGUUCGCAGCCAACUCCAAACUUCUCCAUCAGGACCGGAGGCGGGUCGAGCUGUGGGACAAACAGGUUUAUGGACAGGUUUUAUUUCAGGAGUCAAAUAUUUGUAGCAGCACAUGUCUGUGAAGGAGGCAGAUAAAACGGACCAGUUACAUUUAGUUCAACGGUAAAAAAAAAAAAAAAAGAAAAAAAGAAAAAUGAGCCCGGUUUUGUUUGUUCUGCUUCUCUUUCUGUGGACCGCGGAGCUCCGCCACGUCCACUCAGACCCGGAGCUUCCCUCGGGAUCCGUGUGGGAGAAGCAGCGGGCGGAGGAUGCUGGCACAGAGGACACCUUCUCCCCGGAGAGGACUUCUGUGGAAAGUUGGAAAGUUCCCUACGUGAAGCGGGUCGCCCGAGGAGCCAAAGAUGGGAGUCACAGGAAAAGAGACCCGCACUCUCCGAGCAGUCACGGGCAACCGCGGCGAUACGACGACCCGAGCGGUUACUUCACCACACCGGGGGCCGACCGGUACACACCCGCCCCGGCGGUUAACUCUUCGUCGGGUCGGGGCACGGGGCUCUUCAACCCGCUGUUCCCGGUCACCGACGGCGCCUACUGGGCGUACGCCGUGAUGCUGCUCGCGCUGGUGCUGUUCGCCGCGGGCAUCGUGGGGAACCUCGCGCUCAUGUGCAUCGUGUGGCACAACUUUUACCUGAAGAGCGCGUGGAACUGCAUCCUGGCAGGACUGGCCUUCUGGGAUUUCCUCGUGCUGUUCUUCUGCCUUCCAGUGGUCGUCUUCCACGAGCUCACCUCGAAGAGGUUGCUAGGAGACCUAUCCUGUCGGCUCGUGCCCUAUCUAGAGGUGACGUCUCUGGGUGUGGCCACAUUCAGUCUCUGUGCCCUGAGUAUUGAUCGAUUCCACGCAGCCACCGGCCCCGGGCCUCUUCAGAUGCCAAAGGUGGAGCCCUGCCAGUCCAUCCUGUCCAAGCUGUCUGUCAUCUGGUUGGGCUCCAUGGUGCUGGCCGCCCCCGAGCUGCUUCUGUGGCAGCUCCUCCAGGAAACUGUCAGCCUGCCAACGCUCCCCACCGACCUGCAGCAGAGCCAGCACGGGGGCUCGCUGAUGGCGGCGUUCAUAGCCCGAACAGACUCGUUUAAGGUGGACAUCUGUGUGCGGGAGCCGUCUGUGGAGCUCCCAGAGAGCAUCUACUCUCUGGUGCUGACCUACCACGAGGCCCGCAUGUGGUGGUUCUUUGGGUGCUACCUCUGUUUGCCACUGCUCUUCACUCUGGCCUGCGACCUGGUGACGAGGCAGGUGUUAGCCCAGCGUCUGCUGAUGAAACCUGAAGGAGACAAGGUGACCGGCAGAUGCUCGUCUUCCUCCUCUUCAUCUUCCUCCUCCACAAAGAAAAAGCCGCACGUGAGGGAGCAGAGGCUGCGCUCCACCGUCAUGGCGCUCACCAUCUUGUACAUCACAUGCAACCUGCCGGAGAGCAUUUGUAACAUCACCCUGGCGUACAUCUCUGUCCCGGUGUCCGCCGUGCUCCCGGCUCUGGCUCUGCCAGCGCUUGGUCUGAUUGGACAGUUCCUCUUGUUUGUGCGAUGCUCGGCGACGCCGGUGUUGCUGCUGUGCCUGUGUCGCUCCCUGGGCCAGGCUUUCAUGGACUGCUGCUGCUGCUGCUGUGACGAGUGCCUCCCCGACGGCAACUCGUCCUCAUCCUCCUCUGCGUCAGCCGCCGCCACCUCCACCCUCUCCUCACCCGCAUCGCCCUCGCCAUCCUCCCUGUCCCCCUCCAGCAAAGAGGAGAUGAUGAAGAGUGUGUUGGCGACAGAACCAACAGGCUAUGACAGGGUGAAAGACUCAUCAGCAGCUAUCGGGACGCCGUGCUGAGGCCCAGGACUGCCACACAUGUAACUUUAAAGGAUCAUUUAGGUUUAUUACAACUUUGUUCUUAUUCUAUAGUUUUGUCCCUCAUUUCUAUCGGUAGUAAUAACGUUGUACUGACAUCUGGGAUCACGGUGGCAUCUGACAGGUCAAGAAAGAUAAGAAGGACCCUUUCUGGUUUCAACAUGACAGUGCCCCCAUUAAGAAAUGGUUUUCCCAGUUUGUUGUUGAAGAAUUUGACUGGCCUGCACAGAGCCCUGACCUCAGCCCCAUCUAAUACAUAAGGGACGGACUGAACGCUGACUGCAAGCCAGACCUUCUCACCCAGCAUCAGUGUAGGACCUCACUAAUGCUCUUGUGGCUAAAUGGGGUCAAAUCCCUGCAGCCAGGAUCCAAAAUCUGGUGGGAAGCCUGAAGCCAGAAAAGUGGAGGUUGUUAUAUAUUAUCACAGACAUAUGGCAGUAAUGAGCAGGUGUCCAAAUACUUUGUUUGGGUGUUCAUUUGGCCACGUAGUGUAUCUAAACCCCUUUAUUUGGUGAUAAAUCUAGUUUUACCGCUGGUCAACAUUCAAAAGUUGAAGCAGGAAGUGGGUUUGAGUGUGAACCCUGACUUGUGUUUCUGGACCCGUCAGACGUCAUUUUAGUGAAAUAUUUGUUUUUAUUUCUCUUUGCUGUACUCAGGUCAGAGAUUACCUGAUUAAAUAAUGGUGAUACUGAUCAUUUUCUCUGAUCUCAGCUGUUAAACUAGCGAGUACAAAGUUCUUACAGACGAUAGAAAUAAUGGACAGAGCUACCAAAAUAAAAACCACGAGCUGUAAUAAACUGGAAUAGUCUUUUAAUCUGGGUCUUUAUGAACUGACAGUGUAGAGCCACCUGUCUGACUAGAGUUAGAUAAUUGUACACAAUAUAGAGUAUGUUCUUAUAAAAAAGGAGCUUAGGUGGAUUUAAUCCCAUUAUUGAAGGUUUUUUUACAUUUUACAUGUUGUAGUCAUUAAUAAUUGUUUAAUACUGAUUCAGGAUAUUAGUAUUACCUGCUCUAAGUACUGUAUAAGGGGGAAACACUGGACAGUUUGAGUUCGGAGGACUUUAGGAUGGUUCUGUGGUUAAAGUGAAGAUGAAGAUAUACUGAGACUUUUGUCAGCAGACUGACAGUCUGUUGUUUGUGAACUUUUUUUUUAAAUGAUUUUGCUGUUGCUGCUCAUACGUGGCUCAUGUCGGCCUGACUUACACAGUGUCCACAGAGGAUGGGCCAUGUGAUAGUACGUUGCAGCUUCAGGCGUGCGAGACACAAGCGGUUACAUGACUGAAACGUAUCCUGUG